ACACCACCACUAGCUAGAGUGAAGCAAUGGAAGACGAGAGAGACCACAACACAUCUUCUUCCUCUCUCCCGUCUUUGUGUAAGCAAUUGGCGAGCUCAACUCUCCGGGGAAGCCUGGAACCUCACAUUCCCGUCGUUGAUCUAAGCGCUUCUGAUGAAGAGCUCGUAGUGCGUGCGGUGGUGAAAGCGAGUGAAGAAUGGGGAGUUUUUCAGGUGGUUAACCACGGAAUUCCCACCGAGCUGAUGCAGCAGCUGCAAGUGGUUGGGAAACAGUUUUUCGACCUCCCGGAGGCGGAAAAAGAAGCCGUGGCAAAAGAGGAAGACUUUGAAGGAUACAAGAGGAACUAUCUUGAAGGUAUAAAGGCUUGGGACGAACAUCUGUUUCAUAGAAUCUGGCCACCCUCAUGCAUUAAUUAUAAAUAUUGGCCUAAGAAUCCUCCUCAAUAUAGGGAAGUGAAUGAGGAAUACACAAGGCAUAUGAAGAAGCUAACAGAGAAAAUUCUUGGUUGGUUAUCAGAGGGACUAGGGUUACCACCUGUAGCUUUAACAAAAAGUUUAGGUGGCGAAGUGGCAGAGUAUGUGAUUAGGGUCAAUUUCUAUCCGCCGUCUCCAAAAUCAGAAUUGGCCUUAGGAGCCGCCGUGCACACCGAUAUAGGUGCAAUCACACUUCUAGUCCCCAAUGAGGUUCCUGGACUUCAAGUCUUCAAGGACGAACAAUGGUUGGAUCUUGAGUAUAUCAACUCCGCUGUGGUUGUUAUCAUUGGUGAUCAACUCAUGAGGAUGAGCAACGGGAGGUACAAUAACGUACUUCAUAGAGCAACAUUGGAUAAGGAAAAUUUGAGGAUUUCGUGGCCGGUUUUUGUUGCGCCUAAGCAUGAUUUGUUCGUCGGACCUUUGCCGGAGCUUACUGGAGACGAGAAUCCUCCCAAAUUCGAGACUAUAGUUUAUAAAGACUAUUUGCACCAGACGAUUAGAAACUGGACGCUCGACAAGCUUCCUCUCUAUUGAAAACCCUUGAAACCCCGAAACAAAGAUUCCCUCGAUAA